CACCUCCUAGAAAAAAAAAAAAAAAAAAAGCCAGUAUAAAGCAGAGAGCCUGAGGGCUAAAUUUAACUGUCCGAGUCGGAAUCCAUCUCUGAGUCACCCAAGAAGCUGCCCUGGCCUCCCGCCCCCUUCCCAGGCCUCAACCCCUUUCUCCCACCCAGCCCCAGCCCCCAGCCCUCACCCCCUAGCCCCCAGCUCUGGAGCUUGUUGGGAGCAAGGGAGUGGUUGCUGCUGGGUCACUCAGCCUCAAUUGGCCCUGUUUCAGCAAUGGGCAGGUUCCUCUUGGAAUUCAUCCCACCUGUGGCUUCCUCUGUGCUCUACCUUUUUAUUGGGGUGACGGUGUGACAGCUGAGAUUCUUCAUCCAUUCCCCCUACUCUAGCACUGAAGGGUUCUGAAGGGCCCUGGAAGGAGGGAGCUUGGGGGGCUGGCUUGUGAGGGGUUAAGGCUGGGAGGCGGGAGGGGGGCUGGACCAAGGGGUGGGGAGAAGGGGAGGAGGCCUCGGCCGCAGAGAGAAGUGGCCAGAGAGGCCCAGGGGACAGCCAGGGACAGGCAGACAUGCAGCCAGGGCUCCAGGGCCUGGACAGGGGCUGCCAGGCCCUGUGACAGGAGGACCCCGAGCCCCUGGCCCGGGGAGGGGCCAUGGUGCUGCCUGUCCAACAUGUCAGCCGAGGUGCGGCUGAGGCGGCUCCAGCAGCUGGUGUUGGACCCGGGCUUCCUGGGGCUGGAGCCCCUGCUCGACCUUCUCCUGGGCGUCCACCAGGAGCUGGGCGCCUCCGAACUGGCCCAGGACAAGUACGUGGCCGACUUCUUGCAGUGGGCCCCAAAUCCAAGGUUUCCCAAAGUGUGGUUCAAGAACCACCUGCAUCUGAAUCUAGAGCGGAGCCCAUCGUGGUGAGGCUUAAGGAGGUCCGACUGCAGAGGGACGACUUCGAGAUUCUGAAGGUGAUCGGACGCGGGGCGUUCAGCGAGGUAGCGGUAGUGAAGAUGAAGCAGACGGGCCAGGUGUAUGCCAUGAAGAUCAUGAACAAGUGGGACAUGCUGAAGAGGGGCGAGGUGUCGUGCUUCCGUGAGGAGAGGGACGUGUUGGUGAAUGGGGACCGGCGGUGGAUCACGCAGCUGCACUUCGCCUUCCAGGAUGAGAACUACCUGUACCUGGUCAUGGAGUAUUAUGUGGGCGGGGACCUGCUGACACUGCUGAGCAAGUUUGGGGAGCGGAUUCCGGCCGAGAUGGCGCGCUUCUACCUGGCGGAGAUUGUCAUGGCCAUAGACUCGGUGCACCGGCUUGGCUACGUGCACAGGGACAUCAAACCCGACAACAUCCUGCUGGACCGCUGUGGCCACAUCCGCCUGGCCGACUUCGGCUCUUGCCUCAAGCUGCGGGCAGAUGGAACGGUGCAGUCGCUGGUGGCUGUGGGCACCCCAGACUACCUGUCCCCCGAGAUCCUGCAGGCUGUGGGCGGUGGGCCUGGGACAGGCAGCUACGGGCCCGAGUGUGACUGGUGGGCGCUGGGUGUAUUCGCCUAUGAAAUGUUCUAUGGGCAGACGCCCUUCUACGCGGAUUCCACGGCGGAGACCUAUGGCAAGAUCGUCCACUACAAGGAGCACCUCUCUCUGCCGCUGGUGGACGAAGGGGUCCCUGAGGAGGCUCGAGACUUCAUUCAGCGGUUGCUGUGUCCCCCGGAGACACGGCUGGGCCGGGGUGGAGCAGGCGACUUCCAGACACAUCCCUUCUUCUUUGGCCUCGACUGGGAUGGUCUCCGGGACAGCGUGCCCCCCUUUACACCGGAUUUCGAAGGUGCCACCGACACAUGCAACUUCGACUUGGUGGAGGACGGGCUCACUGCCAUGGUGAGCGGGGGCGGGGAGACACUGUCGGACAUUCGGGAAGGUGCGCCGCUGGGGGUCCACCUGCCUUUUGUGGGCUACUCCUACUCCUGCAUGGCCCUCAGGGACAGUGAGGUCCCAGGCUCCACACCCAUGGAACUGGAGGCCGAGCAGCUGCUUGAGCCACACGUGCAAGCGCCCAGCCUGGAGCCCUCGGUGUCCCCACAGGAUGAAACAGCUGAAGUGGCAGUUCCAGCGGCUGUCCCUGCGGCAGAGGCUGAGGCCGAGGUGACGCUGCGGGAGCUCCAGGAGGCCCUGGAGGAGGAGGUGCUCACCCGGCAGAGCCUGAGCCGGGAGAUGGAGGCCAUCCGCACGGACAACCAGAACUUCGCCAGUCAACUACGCGAGGCAGAGGCUCGGAACCGGGACCUAGAGGCACACGUCCGGCAGUUGCAGGAGCGGAUGGAGUUGCUGCAGGCAGAGGGAGCCACAGCUGUCACGGGGGUCCCCAGUCCCCGGGCCACGGAUCCACCUUCCCAUCUAGAUGGCCCCCCGGCCGUGGCUCUGGGCCAGUGCCCGCUGGUGGGGUCAGGCCCCAUGCACCGCCGCCACCUGCUGCUCCCUGCCAGGGUCCCUAGGCCUGGCCUAUCGGAGGCGCUUUCCCUGCUCCUGUUCGCCGUUGUUCUGUCUGGUGCCGCCGCCCUGGGCUGCAUUGGGUUGGUGGCCCACGCCGGCCAACUCACCGCAGUCUGGCGCCGCCCAGGAGCUGCCCGCGCUCCCUGAACCCUAGAACUGUCUUCGACUUCGGGGCCCCGUUGGAAGACUGAGCGCCCGGGGCACGGCACAGAAGCCGCGCCCACCGCCUGCCAGUUCACACCGCUCCGAGCGUGGGUCUCCGCCCAGCUCCAGUCCUGUGAUCCGGGCCCGCCCCCUAGCGGCCGGGGAGGGAGGGGCCGGGUCCGCGGCCGGCGAACGGGGCUCCAAGGGUCCUUGUAGCCGGGAAUGCUGCUGCUGCUGCUGCUGCUGGGGGGAUCACAGACCAUUUCUUUCUUUCGGCCAGGCUGAGGCCCUGACGUGGAUGGGCAAAUUGCAGGCCUGAGAAGGCAGCAAGCCGGGCCGUCCGUGUUCCAUCCUCCACGCACCCCCACCUAUCGUUGGUUCGCAAAGUGCAAAGCUUUCUUGUGCAUGACGCCCUGCUCUGGGGAGCGUCUGGCGCGAUCUCUGCCUGCUUACUCGGGAAAUUUGCUUUUGCCAAACCCGCUUUUUUGGGGAUCCCGCGCCCCCCUCCUCACUUGCGCUGCUCUCGGAGCCCCAGCCGGCUCCGCCCGCUUCGGCGGUUUGGAUAUUUAUUGACCUCGUCCUCCGACUUGCUGACAGGCUACAGGACCCCCAACACCCCAAUCCACGUUUUGGAUGCACUGAGACCCCGACAUUCCUCGGUAUUUAUUGUCUGUCCCCACCUAGGACCCCCACCCCCGACCCUCGCGAAUAAAAGGCCCUCCAUCUGCCCAAA